AGACAAUGAAGAUGAAGAUAAUAAUAAAUAAAUAAAUCUACUGCUACAGUCUACACAUAAGUUGGCGAUGAUAUGUGUUGUUGAUGGUAUUGACUUAGUUAGAGUGUUAGUGGUGUUUUAUUGGAUUUUCAAGUUUAACAGAAAUCAAAAUCAUGAUGAUACUAACGUAUGUGUACUUUUUUCUAAAUGGAGCCACCUUAAACAAAAUUCUAGCUACGCUCCUGGUUUUUUUUUUCCAAGAAAUGUCAAUAGAGAAAAUUAUACAAUCUACCAAGACCCUUCCCAACCCAUUACAUCAAUGAAGCUACCCAAAAAAGUCAAAGGAACAUAACUCAAGAGGAGAGAGUAACAGGGCUUUCUGUGCCACUCUAUGGGCAGCCCUGUUAGCAGUCCGGAGAACUGCCUUAAUUGGUUUAUAAUAUGGUAUCAGACCUGAUUUGCUUGAAACUCCAGACAAUUUAAUUGAGUAAUGUUUAAUUUGCACAGUGCUAUUGAUCACAAUCACGACGGGCUUAAAAGCCUGUAACUCGACCCAUGUGUGUUAUCUGAAACUAUCCACCAAAGCAAGCCCUUAUUAACAAUGCAUGAUUCAAGCUAAAUUGAGCAAUCCAAUUUGAUUCAAUAUUUUUUCAACGAUCCUUUUAUUUUUCAGCCCUUCAAAUAUCCUCAUAGGAAGGAAGACCUUCAAAAAAAUCAUUUAUAUGCAACAAGAAAAAGUCUAAUCAAAUAAAAUGAUACUCCUUUUUGUCACAGACAAUAGAAGAAAAUAGAUAAUCAAAAUACAACACUCAACCAAACACGACGACAAUCAUUGUCGAACUGUCAAUGAAAAAGUCUUAUAAGCUGCUAAAUAGACAUUUAUGUUGUACAAUAGAGGGAUAUCCGUAAAUGUAAUGUACAAGAGAAUAAAGAAAAUGACAUCAAAAUCAUCCUCUAAAUUUGUAACAUUAAAAAAGGUUUUUGCUUUAUCUUAUUUUUUUGUUGUCAAUAGAUCACUCGUUAUAAGAGGAAAUCAUUCAGAUACAUUGUAGCAAGAGGGUUCAAACAUCCCUCGAAUGAAGCCAAGAACAGAAGUCGAACCUCGAAAACAAUUAAGGCGACAUACUUAGAGCUUUACGGGCCACACAAUGAGCCGCUCUGUUUCGAACUCUACCCAAGAACACAACCUGAGACACAUCAACGAUUUCAAGAAGAUGGAAGAUUUCUUGCAGGAGCACACCAAUCUUGUUGUCAGCCGCGUCCCUAGCCAAACAUUUGUCUAUGAUAAAUUUCGCAUCACCGCCAAUGGAUACCUCUUGCAACCUCCUCCUGUAACAAUUUGCCAAGCAAUCCCUCAUCCCCAAAGCUUCCAAGAUAUAUGGAUCUGCAAUUCCAUCAUACCGCCCAGCAGCAGCCCCGAUAGUCCCGCCUGAAGGAUAAAAAAAAACAUAUCCUAUUGUUCCAUACCCUUGAGAUGAAGUUGCAGCGUCAAAUGUAGCCUGGAUACCAUGACUAGCACGAAAAGCCUGCAAUGGAAUGGGAACAGAAGGUUAUGUAUGAUAGACAUUGUUAGGAAGAAGUAAAGCUUGUUCCACUUCCUUAACCUGAUGUAACCAUUGAUGCGCUAAAACAUGCAGUUGGAGUUGCUUUGCUUGGAACACCACCGAACACCUAUUCUUCCACAACCGCCAAAGCAAGCAAACCACCUGCAGAAUCAAAAAAUCCUCAUAUGGACCAUGAACCUUACUGAGAGUGUACCUAAUGAAACCCUGAAACGUCUGUUUCUCAGCCUGUCUCCAAAAUUUAUGCAUACCAAUCAAUCUCCAGAAUUUUCUAGCAACCAAACAGGAGAAGAACAAGUGUUCAACUGUUUCCUCUUUUCUACCAUAAACCAGACAAAUGGGAAUUAAAUCCAUACCUCGAAUCGCCAAUGCCUCCUUAGUUGAAAGAAUACGAUGUAAUCCUUGCCACAAAAAGAAUAUCAACUUAGGUGGCACUUUCCUAUCCCAAACCCAUUGCCAUAACAUCCUAUACAUACAUAAAACUUGAUGUUUAUUAGUGGAAGAAACAAGCUGCAAAGAAGAGAGGUAUAGAUAUGCAGAUUUAACAGAAAAAAUUCCAGAGGAUUCAAAAAUGCCAGACCAGCUUUAUCUUACUUUUUGGUAGGAGCAUUUUAGUUUAUGUGUAGCUCUUAAUUUCUGCAGGAAUGCUAGACCAUUCGGGCCACAAUUAAACAUCCGAGCCCAACAUUUAUAGCCCAAUCAUUUAACAAGGCCUCUGUCUAGUUAUCUUCCCAACCCAAGUCCUCUUGCCACCACUUCAUACAAUCUGGCCCAAAAAUCUGGCCCAUAUUCUUUCCUUUAUCUAUUCUCCAAAUCUCGAUUGUUGAUUAACUGAAGAAUUAGUAACUAAUUGUUUUGGCGGGAAUAAUAAAACACCUGGCACGGU